UUGAGCGCCGCCGCCGCCGCUCACUCCCCUCGCGGCCGAUGUUGCCGCUCUCCCAGUGACUUUUCUCUGUUAGUGAUGCGGAGCCUGUAGCAGCCUGUUUCAGUUUGAACCGGUACCUGCUGUAGACCUGCAGUAAACAUGUCUUCACUAAGCAGCCCGGCCUCAGGAAUUCAGGGGCUUCUUCUCAAACUUCACGAAUUACUUUCAGACGAAGACACCCGCUCUGCAGCGCUGAAAUGUCACGAUAUAAUCGGUGAUUUGGGACAGGAGUGCAUGCUAACGUCCACCGAGAAUGAACUGGCUUUACAGGCAUCUCUGCUGUUCUCCAAAGACUAUGGGCUGCUCUGCUUCCUCAGGAAGUCCCUGGCAUUGGAUGAGUUGCGGGACACCAGGGUUGAAAUUCUACAGUUUUUAGAGAAAUUUAUGGACAAGGUGUCACCGAGAGUCAAAGGAUGGGAGAAAACCUACGCCACGGACAUAAGAAACGUGUGCAUCACUGCAUAUUCGAAGGAUAAAGUUGCCAAAUGCAGGACCCCGGUGUUGGAGCUGCUAAUAAAGGUUCUUCAAACAACCAAGGCCUCCAGUGUGGCUGCGGAGUUUAAAAUUGGCGACAUUUUUAACAGAUUUUAUGGCGAGCUCUGGCAGAAGAGCAAGUUACCCGACUCGGUCCUUGGCAAAAUCUACGAGUUGUUAGGCGUCUUGGCGGAGGUUCAUCCCAGCGAAAUGGUCAACAACUCUGACAAGCUAUACAAGGCCUAUCUUGGGGAGCUGAAAGAGCAGAUGACGUCCUCAACAAAAGAACCAAGGCUUUUUGUUGUGGCCGGAUGUCUGCGAGGCGUAACUGCCCUGAUGGUUAACUUCACUAAAACCAUGGAAGAAGACCCAGCGACAUCCAAAGAGAUCUUUCAGUAUGCCCUAAAGGCCAUCACUCCCCAGAUGGAGAUGAAUCGUUAUGCCGUCACAUUUGCCGGGCUUCGCUUGUUUGCCAGACAUGCGUCCCAGUUCAGCAGCUGCCUGAUGGACCACUACAGGCCCAUGUUCGAGACCAUGUGUAAGCUCUGCGGACACAUCAACGCCGAAAUGAAGAAGACGAGUUACAGCGCUCUGGAAGCUUUUCUUAAGCAGAUUGCCUUAUUGGUGGCAGACAACAUCGAAGAGCACAAGAGCAAGUUGAAGUUCUUCAUGCAGAAGUUCUGUGGCAUCAUUAAAACCAUGGACUCUACACACAAGGAGCUGUCUAUUGCCAUACGGGGAUACGGCUUUUUUGCAGCUCCGUGCAAGAAGGUGUGCCCUCAAGAUGUGGACCUGAUGUACACGGAGUUAAUUCAGCGCUGUAAGCAGAUGUAUCUGACCGAGUCUGACGGGGAGGACGACAGCUUCUACCAGCUGCCGAGCUUCCUGGACUCCAUAGCGUGCGUCCUUAUUCAUCUGGACAAGAUUCCCGAGGUGUAUACUCCCCUGCUGGAGCGCCUCCUUGUGGUGCAGAUCGACAGCUUCCCUCAGUACAGUGAGAGGAUGCAGUUUGCCUGCGGCAGGUCCAUCCUGAAGGUGUUUGUGGCUGUGGCCUCUAAGGGACCGGUGCUGUGGAGUUUUAUCAGCUCUGUGGUGCAUCAGGGUUUGAUUCGCGUCUGUUCAAAACCCAUCUUGCUUCCUGAGAACACCUCCUCUGAAUCCUCAGAAGUUCGGACCGGAAAGUGGAAAGUUCCUUCCAGUACGAAUUACCUUCCCCUUUUUAAGGUCCUCUUGGAUUGCGAUCAGCUUAAGGAUUCGGGAUUUUUAGACGGAGCUUUUGAAAGUCAGAACGCAGCUCUUGGCUCCUUGAGCCGUCUUCUGUACGAAGAGUUGGUCAAAUCAAUUCUGCGCAUUGUGGAAAAGUUGGACUUAUCCGUUCAGAAAAUAGCAACAGGAGAGGAGGCUCCUGACGACGCAGCGCACGUCCUGCCAUCAUCCGACCCCACGGCUCACCUGGUGCCUAAUAAAGUCAAAGACUUCACUGCUUUUAUCAAUCUGGUCGACUUCUGCAGUGAGCUGCUGCUGAACAAGCACCUGGACUAUUUCCACUGCUGGAUGUAUCCCCUGAGCUACGAACUGACCCUUCACUCCAUCAGGAAUCCACUGGUCAGCGGCUUCUACAAGCUGCUGGCAGUCUCCAUGAAGAUCGCUAAGAAGAUCAAGUACUACCAGGGUGUGCGUCUGAGGAGCUCUGCAUCCAGUCAGGAUGACACAGUCAGAAGGGAUUGCUUUGCUCUAUUCUCAAAGUUUGGGAAAGAGGUUUGUGUCCGAAUGAAGCAGUACAAGGACGAGCUGCUGGCUUCGUGCUUGACUUUUGUCCUAUCGUUGCACCACGACAUUAUCGCUCUGGACAUGAAGGCCUACUGUCCGGCUCUAGAGACGGCUCUGAGGCUGGGUCUAAGCCACGUCCCGCUGGCUAACGCAGCCUUAGACGCUCUGGAGGACUGGUCCUCCCACCUCCCACUGGAGACCAUGCAGCCUUGCUAUGCAGAAAUCCUGCCUCUCCUGGACGGCUACCUGAAAACGACCUCCUCCAGCGAUAAAGAUGAAAGCAACUGGGAGGUGAUGUCUUCUUUGUCUUCAAAACACGAAAGAGGUUACAACAGAGUGUUGAGAAGACUCCUGAAGAAAUCCAACCAGCUUUCUAUGGAGGAGGCUCCUCUGGUCCUGCUGAGGCUCAGGGUGGUGAAGCUGCUCGGUCAUCUUGGAGGAAAGCUGAACAGGAACUUAGUGACGGUGGUCUCAUCUGAAGAAAUGAUGAAGAAAUUUGUGGCCUGGGAUUCAGAGAAAAGACUCAGCUUCGCCGUGCCAUUCACCGACAUGAAGCCGGUGAUCUUCCUGGAUCCCUUUCUGCCCCGAAUCAGCGAGCUGGCUCUGUCCACAAGCGAUAGACAGACCAAAGUGGCGGCCUGUGAGAUGCUCCACUGCUUGGUGGUCUACAUGGUGGGAAAGAGUGCUCAGAUGGUGGAAGGGGAGAACAGUCUGCCUCCGAUGUACAAGCUGCACAAAAAGCUGUUUCCUGUGUUGCUGCGUCUGGCGUGCGAUGUCGACCAGGUAACCAGGCAGCUCUUUGAACCCCUGGUCAUGCAGCUGAUCCACUGGUUCACGAACAACAAGAAAUUCGAGAGCCAAGACACAGUAGCUGUUCUAGAGGCCAUUCUGGAUGGUGUGAUUGACCCAACGGACAGCACUCUCAGAGACUUCUGUGGGAGAUGCAUUGAGGAAUUUGUCAAGUGGUCAAUUAAACAAACUACCCCCAAGCAGCAGGAGAAGAGCCCCUCCAACAUGAAGUCCCUGUUUAAGCGCAUUUACAGCCUGGCUCUCCACCCCAAUGGGUUUAAAAGGCUCGGAGCCGCCCUGGCUUUCAACAGCAUCUACAGACAGUUCAGAGAGGAAAGCUCCUUGGUGGAACAGUUCGUCUUUGAAGUUCUCGUCAUAUUUGUUGAAAGUCUGGCUCUGGCGCACUCCGAUGAGCGAUCCAUGGGUACAGUGAAGCAGAGUUGCAGUGCCAUUGACCAUUUGAAGAGAAUAAUCACACACAAAGCCGCCAGUCUCAAUCAACACAAUGCAAAGAGACGCAUCCCAAGGGGUUUCCCACCUGACGGGACCUUGUGCCUUUCAGAUAUGGUCGUCUGGCUGCUGGAGCAGUGUGGUCGACCACAGACAGAGUGUCGCCACAAAUGCAUGAAGCUCCUCUACGAAUUCAUCCCGCUUCUCCCAGGAAAGAAAUCUCCGCCGCAGUGGUUAGAUGGCCUGCUGAAGGAUCACGGCAUUGAUUUCCUGAUCUCUCGGUUGGAGGGCGGGGGUCUCCUCUCCCAGCCGACACUCAGGGAUCUGAUGGGCCCUUUUAGCGUCAGAGCCAGCCUGCAGUGGAUGGACCUUCUACUGGCUGUUCUGGACUACUACAACACCUUUAUUAGCUUACACAUCAUAAAGCCUCAGCACCUUCUCGGCUCAAAGGAAAAAUCUAGCUUCUUGAAAGCCACAAACUUCUUCCUUACGGAACUUGCGACUCAUGGAUUGACGGCUGCAGAGAGCUGCUUCACUCUCGGCGAGAGGGCGACUCACUUCAGCCCGAGCGAGGUGGACCAGUACAACUACAGCAAAUGCACCAUCACAGUUCGCCUGCUGGAGUUCGCCUCCAUGAUUCUCGUCAAAGGAGAUCAGGAGUCCUGGAAGCUGCUGGAACAGGAGGUGUUCUGCUCGGUGUUUUUCGAUCUAGCCGCGGCAGUGGUGUGUGAGCCGUCCACUGUAGGGUUCCACAUGGCGGAUGUGGAGGUGAUGAGAAACCUACCAGAGGUGUGUGUGCCUUUACUCAAGGCUCUGAUGGCCUCGCCUUACCGCAGCCGCCUUGAGAGCAGUCUGCGGAGGAAAAUCUCCCGUAAAAGCGUGGAGGAGUUGUGUGAGGUCGAACUGUACCACUCGGAUACUCUCAGCCGCCAUGACCGAAUGGAAAUGGUGCUUUCUUCCUGUAAGCAGAUACACAAAGCUGGUUUCCUCGGCUCCAUUCUGGACAGCCAGGAUUCAGCCUACAGUAAAUCUCUUGGCUCCAACCUUCUGAUGACGGUGUAUAAAGGCAUAGCGCCUGGGGGAGAAAGGAAGGCGCUUCCAUCCCUGGACGUAAACACCAGGAGACUUGCGGAUGGACUGCUUCAGCUCGCCUUUUCUAUAAGCCAACAGAGUGAGCAGCUGGUGGAUUUGCUGCUGAACACCAUUAUGCUUUCUGUGCCGAUAUCAGGCGGUCACAGCCACAACUUUCUCAGCUUCUCCCACGGCGAGUACUUCUACAGCCUCUUCCAGACGACCAUCAACAGCGAGCUGCUUAAAAAUCUGGACAGCGCCGUGCCGCGCCUCAUGAAGGCCUCCUCUGAGAAUCCCAGCAUGGUGAGCGUGUUGCUGAACGGGAUGCUGGACCACAGCUUUAGAGAACGCUCUGUAAGGAAAACCCAGGGCCAGAAGCUGGUGGAAGAAGUUCUGAAGAGGUGGAUGAGUCUGCAUUCAUGGUGGGACGGGCCCUCAGCUACUUCAGAGAGUAAAACUGCCACCCUCCUGUUGCUCUCUAAGCUCCUGCAGAUCGACUCCUCUGUUUGCUCUGAUGUGAACCACAAAGCAUUCCAGCAAGUGUUUUCUACCUUCACUCUGCUCCUGGUUGACAUGAAUCUGCCUCUGAAUCUUAAGAGUCAGGCCCUGUUGGUGCUGCCUUUUUUCACAACGCUCCCAGACGAGCCCCUAGCUGAGCUGCAGAAGGCUCUGGACGGCCUGGUGGCCUCCCACUUCCCCAUGCAGUCUGAUGAGUUCGCCAAGGGCUCGCUUCAUCGCAACAACUACAUGGACUGUAUCCGAAAGUUGCUGGAUGCCCUGGAGCUUUCCCAGAGUCCUCUGCUGCUCCGACUGAUGGCGGGAGUUCUGUGUCGGGAUGGGAGGCACAUCAUGGAGGAGCAGUUUCAAUCCUGCUUCCACAGAAUCGCUAGGAGAGCCAGCGUCGAGCGUCAGCUGCAGCUGCUGUGCUCGGUGUAUGAGGUCAUCCAGCGAGGUGAUGUGCCGGCGAGCUCCAUGCUGCAGGCCAUGAUGGAGAGGGUUCUGCUGCCUUUGGCCUCCCACUGCAGCACCAAGGCCCUGAACGACUUCUUCGUCACAAACGUCUUUGAUAUAAUUGCCUUCCUGCAAAGUCGUUUCACAAAGUCUAGUGAAACAGCAUUUGAGACUCAGCUGCAGAAGAAGAACGGCUGCUACAAGCUGAUGGAGCUCCUGUACUCCCGCCUCCCUAAAGACGAAGUUUACUCCAAGGAAUCCCGCGUCAAUCAAGCCUACUGUCGCUUGGAAAAAACGGAGGGAAACGAGUUGUCUAAAACCUUGAUCAAGUCCUGCUUCGAAGCCUUCACAGAGAACAUGGCCGGUGAGACCCAGCUCCUGGAACUCAGGAGAAGCUAUCACUGUUCUGCGUACAACUGCGCCAUCGCCGUCAUCAGCUGCUGCUUCAGCGAACCCAAAUUCUACCAGGGCUUCCUCUUCAGUGAGAAGCCAGAGAAGAAUCAGUUUAUUCUUGAAAACAUCAUAGAUGCUCGACGCAGCUACAACUUUCCCAUAGAAGUCGAGGUCCCACUUGAGAGGAAGAAGAAAUAUUUUAUGAUUCGAAAAGAAGUUAGUGACGAAACUGGAGAGGCGCCCGUGUAUCUUUCCUCCCAGUCCUACAUGGCCGACAGCAGCCUCAGUGAGGAGAUGAGUCAGUUUGAUUUCUCCACAGGAGUCCAAAGCUUCUCCUUUAGCUCACAGAACCCAGAGGGACAGAAACGCUCCGUAGUGAAAAAGGAAACAGAGGAUAAAAGUCCUUCCCAGGAUGGGGCGGUGGAUCUGGAGAUGGAUGAGCUGAACCAGCACGAAUGCAUGGCGACCAUGACGGCUUUGAUUCAACACAUGCAGAGGAGCGGCAUCACACCUAAAGUGGAGCAGGGAAUGUCUCCGAAUGAGCUUCCUCCGUGGAUGAAGUUUCUGCACGGAAAACUGGCCAAUCCGGCAACGCCUCUGAACAUUCGACUCUUCAUCUCAAAGCUGAUCAUCAACACGGAGGAGGUUUUCCGGCCGUACGCCAAGCACUGGCUGGGGCCCCUGCUGCAGCUCGUUGUGUCUGGAAACAACGGAGGAACGGGGAUCCAUUUCAUGGUGGUGGAUGUUGUGGUCACCGUUCUGUCCUGGACCAGUCUGGUCACCCCAAAGGGAAACCCGAGAGAUGAAGUCCUGGCCAAUCGGCUGCUGGAAUUCCUUAUGAAGAACAGCUUCCACAAUAAAAGGGCCGUUUUCCGCCACAACCUGGAAAUCAUUCGCACUUUGGUGGAAUGCUGGAAAGACUGCCUGCAUGUUCCUUACAGUCUAAUAUAUGAGCGAUUUUGUGGCACCAACCCAAACAGCAAAGACAACUCUGUGGGACUCCAGCUGCUGGGGAUCAUUCUUGCCAACAACCUGCCCGCUUACGAAGCUUCCUGUGGAGUAGAAUACGACAGGUACAUCCAGUCCCUCAGCAACAACGUGUCUUUUACCCGAUAUAAAGAGGUCUACUCGGCUGCUGCGGAAAUAAUUGGCCUGGUUUUGAAGAGCAUGCAGGAAAGCAGUGAUCAACAGCAAGAACUGCUCAACCUCGCUGCAACCAAGGUUACAAAUUUGAAGAAGAAAGAUUUAGAUGACAAGUUCAUCAUCUGCUUGAACAAAGUGUCCAAACACUUCCCACCGUUUAUGGAUCGGUUCGUCAACCAUGUGUUUAACCUGCUCCCGAAGCUGCACGGCAUCUUAAAGACCCACUGCCUGGAGUGUUUGCUGAGUCGAGCCGACGUGAUUCCAGACAUCUUUCUGUGGUUGAAGACCUCAGGCUUCAUUCAGAUGAUGAGCCACAGGGAUGAAGGGAGACAGAGGGUGUGUUUGGACAUCAUCCACAAGAUUAUGGCCCGCCUGACUCCGGUGGAGCUGCAGGAGCUGCUGGGAGCCGUGACGACCUUCGUCUCUCAUCCUUCACCUGUUUGCAGAGAGAGGAUGUAUGAAAUCCUCAUGUGGAUCCUGGACAACUACGGAGAUGAAGAAAGCAUGAAAGAUCAAACCUCCCUGGAGAUUUUGGCUACAGCUAAAGACACGUUACUUCAAGGACUAUCGGAGGAAAACCAAGGCCUUCAGCUUUUUGUCCGUAACUUCUGGAGUCAGGAGAAGCGCCUCCCCACUGCCACCCUGGAGCGAAUGCUAACGGUGCUCCGCUCCCUCUACUCCUGCCAGAUAGAGCGCUGCUUCCUCAGCUUGGCCACCAACCUGCUGCUGGAAAUGACAAGCCAGAGCCCCGACUUCAAGAGGGACAUGUUUGAUUAUCCCCUGUCAGAGUGCACCUUCCAGGACUAUGCAAUUGAUUCAAACUGGCGGUUCAGGAGCACCGUUAUGACCCCCAUGUUUGUAGAAACCCAAAGCUCUCAGGGCUCGGAGACUGCAGGGGCUUCUCAGUCUGGAGCCAUGAAGGGGAAACUGAGAGCCACUCAGACCACUUUAGAGUUCAGCCAAACCCAAACACCAGGUCGCCGCACAGCUUAUAACUGGCUUACAGGCAGCAGCGUGGACACCCUCGCAGAUUACUCCCCCAGCUCAGAGUCUCUGUCUUCACUGCUCGUGUUUGAUAAGAAGUUGGAUCGGCAGACGGCGACUAGAAGACCCGUCGGAGAAGGCUUCGGCCUGAGGCGCCUGACUGCGUCCACAGACGAGGUGGACAGUCGUACCAGAGCUGAAAACGAGCGGCGGAGCAACAUCCUGAGGCUGAGGCGCAGAUUCCUGAAAGACCAGGAGAAAGUCAGUCUGGGUUUCGCCCAGAAAGAGAUCCAGCAACAGAGACAGAAGAAGGAAGAAAAAGCUGAUCAGAGGCUGCGAAAGGAGGCCCAGGUGACUCUGUAUCGGAACUACAGAGUGGGCGACUUCCCAGAUAUCCAGAUCCCCUAUAGUAGCCUCAUUGCUCCCCUUCAAGCUUUAGCUCAGAGAGACCCAAUUUUAGCCAAGCAACUCUUCAGCUCCCUUUUUGUCAGCAUCCUCCAAGAAAUGGAUAAAAACCACGAUCUGCAGGAAAAGGGAAGGAUUAUGGAGGAGCUGCAGUGCAACAUGAACACGUUUCUAAAUAAGAGCACGCUCUGCUUCCCUCCGUUCAUAGCAUGCGUGCAGGAUAUGUGUUACCAGCAGAGGGAGCUGCAGCAGCUCGAUCCGGCAGCCAUUAGCUCCACCUCCCUGGCGAGUCUUCAGCAGCCGUCUGGCAUCCUGCUGCUGGAGGAGGGUCUUCUGCAUGCUGCCGAACCAGAGGAACGUCCCGCCAAGCGGGCGCGAGGACGCAGAGAAGUCCCACCAGACACAAACAAAUGGAUCCAACUGGCAAAACUGUACAGGGCGCUGGACGAUUACGAUGUUGUGCGGGGAAUCUUCGGCGGAAAAGUUGGCACAAAGUCGAUCACCUGCAACGCUCUUCAAGCCGAAGCCAACACAGACUUCGCCGAAGCCGUGAAACUCUACAACGAGGCGCUGAACACAGAGGAGUGGCCGGACGGCGAACCCACCGAGUCUGAGAAGGAUUUCUGGGAAACUGCAGCCAUGGAGGCGUAUAACCAGCUCACUGAGUGGAAGUCUCUUGAGUACUGUUCCACGGUGUACAUUGAUGAAACGUCUCCACCCAACCUGGAGAAAAUGUGGUCAGAACCUCUCUACCAGGAAAUGUACCUACCGCACAUGAUCCGCAGCAUGUUAAAGCAGCUGCAGCUCGGUGAGAUCAACCAAACUCUGCUCAGCUUCAUAGACCAAGCAAUGAAGGCGGAGGAGCGCAAGAAGCUGCUGGAGAGCCGCCACAGCCAGGAGCUCAGCCUGCUCUACAUCCUGCAGGACGACUACGACCGAGCCAAGUACUACACCAGCUACGCCAUGCAGCUCUUCAUGGAGAGUUACUCCAGUGUAGAUACACUUCUGACUCAAAGCCGGCUGACCGUCCUGCAGUCGGUGCAGGCUCUGACGGAGAUCCAGGACUUCCUGCUCUUCAUCAAAGGAGACGUGUCAGUAGGCUCUCUGAAGCGCCUCAUCCGAUCUUGGACCGAUCGGUAUCCCGACACCAAAAUGGAUCCAGUGGUCGUAUGGGAUGACAUCAUUACCUCUCGGUGUUUCUUUCUGGACAAGAUCAGAGAACGGCUGCGGGCCUCGGCUCCCGACGACAGCAUGGAGGUGGACUGCGCACAAGACCCAGCUGACGACAUCGAGGCGAUGGUGAACGACUGCAAGUUCACCAUGAAGCUACAGAUGGCUGACAGCGCCUGUCAGCAGAAAAAUUUCCCAGUGGCCACCAAGCUGCUGAAGGAACUUCACAAGGAAGCCAAAACCAACAGAGGCUGGCUGCUGCGCUGGGUCCACUGCUUCAGCAGCUAUGGUCACAAGCGCAGCUUGGGGCAGGGGCCUGUGGAGCGGAUCGGAUCAAUUCUGAAGACCAUACCGCUACUCGAGGAGCUGGAGGCGGACUGUCAGAGCGCCACAUCUAAAGUAUUCAGACGGCAGAAGAUACUCCAGGGCACGUCUUUCCACAUCUUGGCCUCGGCUGUAGGCAGAAGUCCGUCUGUCCUGGGAACACUUGGAGCGGAGAAAAUCGAACGAGUGGUCAGACUUGCUGGAGUUGCAUUUCCCUCUGAAAAUCCAAAGGAGGUGGAGGUGGGAUUGCAGCUGCAGGCCCUGACGCUGCUGCGUGAAGCAAGCAGAAAGGCUGACGAGGAGCUUCAGUCCUUUGCUCAGGACUUUGUGGAGUCCGGCAGCGUCACAGAGACGUACAUGGCUUUGGCUAACUUCUGCGACAAGCUGCUGCGGGACGAGGAGCAGAACGACACUGUCAGUCAGUUCCCGGAGCUCCUGGCGCUGCCCGUCCAUGUGGUGGAGAGCAUGCUGAAAGCUCUAAAGAUGAACUCUGAAGAGGCUCGCCUCAAGUUUCCACGUCUGCUGCAGAUUAUUGAGCUGUACCCAUCAGAAACACUGGACCUCAUGACAAAAGAGAUGGUGUCUGUUCCCUGCUGGAUUCUCAUUGGCUGGAUUAGCCAAAUGGUGGCGCUGCUGGACAAGCCUGAAGCUGUAGCGGUGCAGCACUGCAUUGAGCAGAUAGCCAAGUGCUACCCUCAGGCGCUGGUUUACGCUCUGAUGAUCAGCAGUGAGAGUUACCGCUUUGAAGAGUCUGCAACGGGUCACCAGCAGGAGGAGUUUGUCAACAGGAUCAGGAGCUUGCUGGACAAAGGAGGUGCUGUGAAGAAGUUUGUGGAUGCCCUGCAGCAGUUCACCAAUCCUGAAAUGAUCUUUAAGGACUGGUGGGAGAGUGUGAAAAACGAAGUAGAAAAGUCUUCUGUCACCAAGAAGCAAAUGGCCGACAUGUAUAAGGAGAUGCGUUCAUCGCUCCUGGAUCGUGACAUGGAUGGCCUGGGAGGCUUUCGCAGGAAAUUUAUACAAAAAUUCUCCAAAGAGUUGGAAAAACUUUUUGGACCUGAUGGUAACAAUUUUUUCGAGAAGAUGAAAAACAAAAGCUUUCUGCAAGAGGUGGAUAAGCUGCAAAAAUCCAUGCAGGGAUUUCAGAAGGAACCGGGGAAUCUGAAGGAGUACUCUCCUUGGUUGAGUGGAUUUAAAUCCGACCCGUUCGGCAACGAGCUGGAGGUUCCAGGGCAGUAUGAUGGGAGAUCUAAGCCAUUACCGGAGUAUCAUGCUAAAAUCACCGGCUUUGAUGAAAGGGUAAAAGUGAUGUCCUCUAUGCGUAAACCCAAACGUCUGAUCAUCCGCGGGAACGACGAGCGGGACCACCCCUUUCUGGUGAAGGGCGGGGAGGAUCUACGGCAGGACCAGCGCAUCGAGCAGCUGUUUGCUGUCAUGAACAUUUUGCUCAGCCAUGACACAUCCUGCACACGCCGUGGCUUGCAGCUCCGCACUUAUCAAGUCAUUCCCAUCAACACCAGAAUCGGUUUGAUCGAAUGGAUGGAAAAUACGUGCACUCUGAAGGAGUUCAUCUACAACACGCUGACCAAAGAGGAACGGCAAAAGACAGUACGGUGUCCUGAAAUCUACAAUAAAUGGCUCGCCACCUUUGGAGCUUCUUCAAACCCCGUCGCCCCGUAUGGACUGUGUUACAGGAAAGCGAAACGCUCUGAUGCAGUCAGGAAUUUCCUGAACGUCCAACAGGAAGUACCCAGUAAUCUGCUGAAGAGAGCUUUCCUGAAAAUGUGCAACGGUCCCGAGGCGUUCCUCUCCCUGCGAUCUCACUUCACCAGCUCCCACGCUUUGCUGUGUGUGAGCCACUGGGUUCUGGGAAUCGGAGACCGCCAUCUUUCCAACUUCAUGAUCAACAUGGAAACCGGAGGCAUGAUCGGCAUCGACUUCGGCCACGCCUUUGGAUCUGCCACACAGUUCCUCCCUGUGCCGGAGCUCAUGCCUUUCCGACUGACUCGGCAGUUUGUGGAUCUGAUGAAGCCGCUGAAGGAGUCCGGUUUGAUCCAGAGCACCAUGGUCCACUCCCUACGAGCCUUUAGGGCCGAGCCGGACCUGCUGCUCAACACCAUGGAUGUGUUUGUGAAGGAGCCCUCGCUGGACUGGAAGAACUAUGAGGUGAAACAACUGAAGAAAGGAGGCACAUGGACUGAAAGCGUAAACACCAAAGAGAUCAACUGGUUUCCCCUGCAGAAGGUGAACUUCGCCAAAAGGAAGCUAGAGGGCGCUAAUCCAGCAACCAUAACCAGCGAGGAGCUGAAGCUGGGCUUCGAUAAGGAUGCUGCCUUCCCUGGAAUGCAGGCCGUGGCUUUGGGAAGUGAGGAGCACAACAUCCGGGCCAAGCUUCCCGCUGCGGGCCUGACUGUGGAGCAGCAGGUAGAAUGUCUGCUGGACCAGGCCACUGACCCCAAUGUGCUCGGCAGAGUUUGGGGGGGCUGGGAACCGUGGUUCUAAAGGGGAACGGUUGUUUUUUCUUUAAUAAAAUGUAAUAAAAUAGAACCAAGUCAUCA